GUUACCUGAAGAUAAACGGUUGUGGGUUGGUUGUAUCCUACCAUAGCCUGUCACAUAACCUUCGUGUAUUGUCACAUACAAUGAGUUCGUUUCACUCAACUAUCUUCGCCAACUUGUAAAGAAUUAAUUUUAAUGCAGUGAGGAGUGGUAGAAGGUGAGAUGACAGAGCAAGAACUGCCAGAAGUCGAGGAGCACUGCGAUUGUCCGGGACCUCCAGCUCCCCCUCAGUUCAUGGUGCCCCCGCCUCCUCCACCUCCGGCCCUCCAGGCAUGCAGAGCGGGGGAUACCACUACACAUCACUACUGCCAUUUAGAACCAGUGGGGGCUGAAUAUACCCAAGCGGCAUUUCCGUCUUUGCCAAUCAUCGCUGUUUGUUCGUCUGUUGUGUUGGUUGCUGUCCUCGUCGCGUCGUUUCUCAUCUGGAAACACAAGAAGAAAGUCCAGCAUUUCCUGCCAUGUAAGGAGGGCCACCAAGGGCGUUGUGAACUGUCCACAUCAAACGGCCUUACGUACGACGAUAUGUUGAUCAAUCACCAUCCCACAAGACUUCCAAAUACUUCUAAUCCGCAUACAUUGACGCCUAUAGAAUUACUGGAUGUCAAGUACAGUGGAUUUGUGCCGGGUCAUUUUGGACAUUCGAACUGCAGUUUUGGAGUUAAAGAUAUGUCGGGAAGUCGAGGAUCGAGGAAUCGAGAUCAUUUCAACCCCAUUUACGAAGAAGUAUCGGGUGGUUCCGAAGAAAAGAGUAGAAGUUACUAUUCCGACAUCGAUGACAGUGAAGUAGAUCGAAGAACUGUUGCUAGCGAAGACGAAUUCGCUGAAGAUGAACUCAGCGUGGCAGAAGUACCCGUUGAUGUGAAUCAGCUAAGGUCGGAUUCUAGCAGUCUUCGAGGUUCUACGGGCGGAGAUUUGUGUGACAGCAGUGAUUCGGAAAAGAGGUGUUGUGAGAAGGAAGAGUACGAUUGCAAGAUGCAAGAUGUGACAGGAAUGAAAGGACACGCUGCCAAAUCGCGUUCCUUAGAGCGAAACAAAGAUGGUCACGCUAGCGAAGCGAAACAGAAUUAUUACAUGAAGAAAGUAUUAUCUCCAGACUUUUCUUAUUCGGAACUUCAAGAAGGUGUACAAGUCACCCAUAUUCCUCGCUCCACUUCCGGUUCGCAGAGAGACAGUGGUCUCCCGCACAGCAGUAAUAGUAUGGAAUUGGAUUUGGGACAAGCUAGUUCGGUACACAAUCAUUCUUCUUCACCUUCCGACCCAUCCCCUUACGGAGGCGUGAUGGAACCACAGACUUUUGCCGGUUUCUUCAGGAUUACUACAGACUCUCCACCUCCACCUCCUUACACACCAUCCGGAUGCCAUAGAGAAGCGCAUGUGACUAAAUCGGCACGUCUUCCGGAUGCGUUAUUGGCAGAAUUGGGACAGAAAUUAGGAUCACCUUACCUUCCCCCUAUGAACAGGGGUCACACGUACAAUCCGUCAGGACGUGUUCCCACUCCACCACCACAUAACUUUUAUUCGUGCUUGGAGGAGGACGAAGGUCCAUUUACUAUAGAUGGAAGUCGGCACAGAAUGAUGUCAACCGGAAGAAUUCGUCAAUCAGAAACAAGACCCUGUCGAAUGGGAGGAUCGUUCUCUCAUAGACUCUUAAUGUCGAAUAAAGACAGGGCCAGGACACACAUUUCUGAGGAAUGUGAUUCUAGAACAGCAAGUAGCACGUGACUUGAUCUCAAAUAUUUAUCCCUGGAUGCAAGAAAAUAAAGUUUUGCUGUGAUAAUGGUCGCGUCCCAAGCGCACUAAUGUGUGCGAUAUUGUGACAGCUCAAUAUAGUACCAAGAUGUUCUGAUGUACUCAGUUGGCGAUCGUCUCGCAGCUCCUUUUAAGUGUAACUCUACCGGUUACUUCUUAGCAAUAAGUCAUGUUGUUUCAUCUUUUAUUUUCUAAAUUUUUUGUAAAUCAAUCAAACUUUUACUUUUCUCAUUAUUUAUUAUCUUUCCAUUAUAUAAAAGCUGAGGGACGAUUAUUAAAAAAAAAUGAAAUUGUGUAGUGAAUUGUAUAUUUGUACAGAAAUUUGUAGAUGCACCUGCUCAACAAGAGUAAUAAAAGAAAAAAAAAAUAAACAAAAAAAAAUUCAGUAAUGUUUGACACCUAACUGUAAUAAUUUCAAGUGAAAGUAGAAGUCGAGCCAUCGAUAUUUGGUAUAUAAAAAAUGGAUAAAUUUAAUUUUUAGUCGGUUUGUAUGGAUAGAAAAGUGUCUGAUAUUGUGAGUUUGAAUCAGGAAGGUGCAACAGUACAUAUCAAUCCCAAGUUGUAUUGCUUUAACACAUCACUCGAAAGGUGAUGAUGAAAAUAAAGAUGCAUAUUACGCGUCCUUAUUGAUAUCUUUGUAUUAUUACUGAUUUAUAUUGAU